AUGGCUGCGGAGGAUGCGGCCGCGCGGUACCGACCCGGAGCCCUGCCUCCCCGCGGGGCUCCGCUCUCUCCAGCCCGGCUGCUGCUGCUCGGCCUGUCCGCCUCCCUGCUCCCCGCCCCGGCGCUCGGCCUCCUCGGGUUUCGGCCGGAGGAGACCGGGGCGGAGCUGUCCGUGGAGGACGGGGUGCUGAAAGCCACCGAGGGGACGCGCUUCAUGCUGCGGGUUUACUACUCCACCUCCGCGCAGAGGCUCAACCGCACCGCGGCGACUCGCACCAACAACGCCGCGCCAUGGAUCGCCUUCAUCGAGGAGCCAAGUCCCGGGCGAGAGGGACAAGUUCACCCGAAGCGGAACAUGUGCAUGGACAAGAACGCCAGGACGUCCGACAUCGAGGUUCUGGGCUCCUUCAAGUCCGCUUCAAGCCAGAACUCGGUGCUGGUGGAGCUGCUGGCCAAAGACCUGCGUAGGGGUGAGAAGAUAAAGUACUACUCGAUGUGCGCCUUCGACGGGUCCAAAUGGGAACAUUACCGGACGCGGGAUUUCUGGGUGGCCGUGGUGGAGCGCUCCGCAGCCCCGGAGCUCUGGCUCCAGGUGCUGGUGUCAGUCCUGCUGCUCGGGCUGUCCGCCUUGUUCAGCGGGUUGAACCUGAGCCUGUUGGCGCUGGACCCAGUGGAGCUGCAGGUUCUGCAGAACAGUGGCACCGACAAGGAGCAGAAUUACGCGCGGAAGAUCGAGUCUGUGCGUCGGCACGGCAACUACGUGCUCUGCACUUUACUGCUGGGGAACGCGAUCAUUAACGCCUCGCUCGCCGUGUGGAUGUGUCAGAUCCUGGGCAUGACCUGGCUCUCCACGGUCAUCUGCGCCUUCGGCAUCUUCUUCAUCGGGGAGAUCCUUCCACACUCGGUGGCGUCGCGGCACGGCCUCGCCAUCGCCUCCAAAACCAUCUGGGUGACGCGGCUGCUGAUGGUACUCUCCUUCCCCAUCUCCUACCCCAUCAGCAAACUGCUGGACCUCAUCCUCAACCAGGAGAUCUCCAACUUCUACACCAGAGAGAAACUCCUGGAGAUGCUGCGCGUCACGGACCCGUACCACGACCUGGUCAAGGAGGAGCUCAACAUCAUCCAGGGCGCGCUGGAGCUGCGCACCAAGACCGUGGAGGACGUCCUGACGCCGCUGACCGACUGCUUCAUGCUGACCUCGGACGCGGUGCUGGACUUCAACACCAUGUCGGAGAUCAUGCAGAGCGGGUACACGAGGAUUCCGGUGUUUGAGAACGAGCGCUCCAACAUCGUGGACAUCCUGUUCGUCAAGGACCUGGCGUUCGUGGACCCGGAUGACUGCACCCCGCUGAAGACCAUCACCCAGUUCUACAAACUCCCGCUGCACUGCGUCUUCAACGACACCAAACUGGACGCCAUGCUGGAGGAGUUCAAGAAAG